GCUGAUGGGCGGGGGCUGCAGCGCUGGCGCUGUAGGAGGGAGCAGCUUCGUGCCGAGCUUCUGCACAGCGCUGCAGGUAGGGCUGCUGCCCGCAUCGUCAGAACGGUUUUGUAAUUCCAAGGUGUGAGCUGAUGCUAUCUUGGUUUAAGGCAGAGCUCAGUUGGUUCUUAGAGGAAAAAUCUUCCCUAGGAGUGGUGCGGUGCAAUCGUAUUGGGUUGACAGGCUGCCGAAAUGCGGCUGACAGAACCACGCUCAAGGUAGGCUUCCACUGCCACCUUAGUCAAGAGCUUUUCUGUAAAAGGAGAAACUUCUCGGGGCAACAACUUUUAUAUUCAGUCACAAAGUGGAAAUACGUGGCUUGAGAAUUGUCUGUGCGUCACACAGAAAUGAGCGGACGAUUGCUUUUCCUAAUCACAAAAUCCUGAUUAUUCCACCCAUCUGAUUCAGUGGCAUCACCGGGUGGAUGCUCACGCUGGGAGGGCUUGAGUCAAUAGUUAACGCUGCAGGAGCCUGACUGCAGCUGCACUGGGUGCGCAGAUAUUUGGUGCUGAAAUGUGAGUGAAGAAUUUGUGCGUGCUCGGCGUGCUGCUGCCUGUUUUGUUUCGUGCGUGUGCACUUGCUACACAGUCUGGUGCCUACAGCAUCUGCUGAGCUCACAGCAAAGUCACAGUCUCGCAUCCGUGGCAUCCAUCGGUUGCCAUAGAAAUGGAACGUAGCGUAACAAACGGGCAUUCUGCAUUAGAUGAUGGGCUGGAAAAAGUCAAUGGGAAGAACCUGAAGAGAUAAAUGCAGGCAAGAUAAAGAGAACCAAGAGCACAAGAGGAUGCUGCACAUCGACAGCAUGGCGAGUCCUGCAAAGGACAACUAUCGAAUGAAGUGCUACAAGAACAAAGCCCUGAAUCCUGAGGAGAUGCGUCGGAGGAGGGAGGAGGAAGGAAUUCAGCUGCGCAAACAGAAGCGAGAGCAACAGCUCUUUAAAAGAAGAAAUGUGGAAUUAAUCAAUGAAGAUCCCUCCAUGUUUGACAGCCUCCUUAUGGAUUCCUAUGUCAGUUCCACGACGUGUGGGGAGGGAGUGAUCACAAGAGAGAUGGUAGAGAUGCUUUUCUCAGACGACCCUGAUCUACAGCUAGCAACCACACAGAAGUUCAGGAAGUUGCUUUCUAAAGAGCCAAAUCCUCCAAUAGACGAAGUGAUCAACACUCAAGGAGUGGUGGACAGAUUUGUGGAGUUCCUGAAGAGAAGUGAAAACUGCACGCUACAGUUUGAAGCAGCAUGGGCACUGACGAAUAUUGCAUCGGGAACUUCCCAACAGACAAAAAUAGUAAUUGAGGCCGGGGCAGUUCCUAUCUUUAUAGAGCUGUUAAACUCUGACUUUGAGGAUGUUCAGGAACAGGCUGUCUGGGCAUUGGGGAACAUUGCUGGAGACAGCUCUGUGUGUAGAGAUUAUGUCCUUAACUGCGCUAUUCUUCCUCCCUUGUUAAUGCUCCUUACGAAGUCCACCAGGUUGACGAUGACACGAAAUGCCGUUUGGGCCUUGUCAAACUUGUGCAGAGGAAAGAGUCCACCACCUGAAUUUGAUAAGGUAUCUCCCUGCCUGCCAGUGUUGUCCCGACUAUUAUUCAACAGUGACUCUGACUUGCUGGCAGAUGCGUGCUGGGCUCUUUCCUAUUUAUCAGACGGCCCCAAUGAGAAGAUUCAAGCAGUUAUUGACUCGGGGGUGUGUCGGCGACUGGUCGAGCUGUUAAUGCACAAUGACUACAAAGUGGCCUCCCCAGCAUUGCGAGCGGUCGGCAACAUCGUGACAGGAGAUGACAUCCAGACCCAGGUGAUUCUGAACUGUUCAGCCCUGCCUUGUCUUCUUCAUUUAUUAAGUAGUCCCAAGGAGUCAAUCAGGAAAGAGGCCUGCUGGACCAUAUCUAACAUCACAGCAGGAAACAGAGCACAAAUACAGGCAGUCAUAGACGCAAACAUUUUCCCGGUGCUGAUAGAAAUCUUACAGAAAGCAGAAUUUCGUACAAGGAAGGAGGCAGCGUGGGCUAUCACAAAUGCAACGUCAGGAGGAACUCCUGAACAGAUCAGAUACCUGGUAAACCUGGGUUGCAUCAAGCCUCUUUGUGACCUGCUUACUGUCAUGGACUCCAAGAUUGUUCAGGUGGCGUUGAAUGGCCUGGAGAACAUUCUGAGGCUGGGAGAGCAGGAGGCCAACCAGAGCGGGACAGGCAUCAACCCGUACUGCAGCAUGAUAGAGGAGGCCUAUGGUUUGGAUAAGAUAGAGUUCCUGCAGAGCCACGAGAACCAAGAGAUCUACCAGAAAGCCUUUGACCUGAUUGAGCACUACUUUGGAGUAGAGGAUGACUCCGCUUUAGCUCCCCAGGUAGAUGAGAACCAGCAGCAAUUCAUCUUCCAGCAACCUGAAGCCCCUAUGGAAGGCUUCCAGCUAUAAUGUGCCCCAGGCAAAAAGACCACCACAAACUUGCGAGAAAGCAACUGGGAGCAGCAGAUUGUCCCAUUCCUCCUUGCAAACGGAAGGCUGAACACCCCCUCCACCUCUUAGGAAACAAUUCUUCCUUCAAACAACUAGAAAGAGUGCUUAAUCCUCAUGAAGAAAAGAGGAUGUCUUGCACAUUUUUUCUUUUUGCUGCUGCAUACGUGUCUUUAAAGCAGGUAUCUGGGUGGAGGAAGGACACUGAGGUAACAGAUUGCACCUCUUGGGUUUUUUUUCUUUGUGGUGAUCUCUCCCAAAUGUCACUUCUUACCUCGGGUACUUAAUAGAGAUUUCAGCAUUGGGUUGGGUAAGAACAGAAAGUAAGUAUUCUGACAAGAAUAAUUCUGGAAACCUGGGUUGAUCUAUUUAAUUUUUUUUGCACAUGUUACUCUUAUUAAAGACUCUAAUUUGCCAAGAGCAAAGUUUAGCCCUGGCCUUUCUGCGCUCCUCUUUCAGCGGACAGUCCUGUCAGAGCUGGGCCGAGUUCCCUAAAACAUACUGUAAACGGACAAAGAAGCGGGAGGCUUCUGGGGGAAGGAUCCUUCCUCGUGUCUAGUUUUGUUUUUUUUUUUCUGAAGAACUGCUAGUAUUUACAAGGAGAAAAAAAAAAAAAAAAGCACCAAGACCCCAAAGCUGGUCACUACGAAGAGGGCGGGAUGCUGGGGUGGUUCUGGAACAGGAAGCACAGCUGCCACGGCACAGGCUUUGCAUUGCUACUGAUGGAAGCUGCAGAACUGUUGAAAUGGUGAAACCCAUCUUCAUCUUUACUUGAAUCUUUCCACACGGAUGCGUUUUGGGGUGGAGCGCUGCGGUGCGGCUGCACGGCGCUGCUGCGUGCGGUGUUAACUCAGCAGCAACGGGCCUGAGUCUUCAGGUUUACCUCCUGCUCACAGUCAGAACAUGUACAUUUUCCUUCAAGAAAAGAAUCAAAUCUCUGUAUUUUUUAUAUUAUAUAUAGGUAGCUAUUUGUCUAAUUGGGCUCCAGAGAAAACUAUAUAUUAAAUUUCUGUAAUUUAUGUAAAUAGAACACUGUGAGGCAGGUGUACCUGGAAACGACGGCCCCCGAGCUCGCUCACUCGUUGUCCUGCUGCUUCUCCUGUUUACUCACGUACUGUAUAACGUAGGUCUGUCUUAAACUGCUCUGCUGGGCGCCAAGGUUUGUUCCUCACAGCCGCGGGCCUGAGGCCGGGAGGGGUAGGCCGGGCCUGCGUGCCCCGCAUUGGGUUUGCUGAGUCCGUGACUGUUGAACGAAUAAAAACUUCUUCUGUGCAGACGA